AUGGUUAGUUGUUUAAUUCCUAUAUUAGGUACUGGAUCUUCGAUAGGUACAAAAAUUGCUAGCUGGGAAAAGAUGAACAGAUUGACGUUUUAGUUUGCCAACAUGGGAUGCGAUGGUGGAACUAUUCCUCGCCGUGACGAGUUGGUGCGACUAAAGAAAAAGCCAGAACAGAAAGAUAAAGACGCAGAAAGACAAUUCCGAUGGAAGCACUGUGCAUUGACUCAACAACGACUCCAGCAACCGAUUGUAAUGUGUGGGCUGGGUAGACUCUAUGCCAAGCAAAAUGUUAUUGAAGCAUUGCUAGACAAGGAGAAAAUGACCGAUGCCUGUGCUCACAUUAAAUCGAUGAAGGAUAUCAAGAACCUGAAUUUAACAUCCAACCCAGCCUAUGAUGAAACGAAGGACGACAAAAGCUCCCCAUACAUCUGUGCACUGAUUGGGCUGGAAAUGAGUGGACAGUUUCGUUUCGUUGCGCUAUGGACCUGUGGAUGCGUUUUUUCAGAAAGAGCACUCAAGGAAGUCAAGGACAGGGUGUGCUCGGUCUGCCAGACACCAUACACCGAUGACGAUAUUGUAAUUCUCAAUGGAACGGAGGAUGAAAUUGAGCAGAUGCGAGUUAAAAUGGAAGCCCGGAAUGCUCGUGCAAAGGCAGAAAAGAAGGCAAAGUUGGAUAAAAAAUCCAAGACAAAAGCAGCUUCGGCGACCAUUACUUCUGGGGAAGCUGCCGAGUCAGUUGCUACACCGUCAGAACGAUCAUCAGCCGCAGCCGCAACAGCAUCAGCCAGUUCUAGUGCUGUUUCGGACUCAGCUGAUGGCAAAGGAUUGAGCACGGUAGAUAAGAAAGUUCAAUCAAUGGCAAGGGCGAUUGGAGAAGGCAGCAGCAAAGCAAAGCCGAUCGUUCUGAACAAGCGUGCUCUAAUAAGUGACAAAAUCGGAGAGGAUCCGGUUUUUAAGAAAUCCAAAGACGACUACAGUGUCGCGAAGGAUCCAAAAGCCUCUGCUGUAUAUAAAUCAUUAUUUACAUCUCACGAAAGUGAAAAAGAUCAAAAACGUGCUCACUGGGUCACAUACAAUCCGUUCUACAAUUAAAUAACAAGUCAAUUACUAUUUGCACUGGAAUGUCUAGAUUAAUAACUUUUUUCUAUACUUGAACAAAAUAAAAACGAUUUAGUUGUAAU